AUGGCUCCUCCUCUCUCCCUCCAUCUCCCACCGUCGCUGUGGAGGGGCCCUUCUCCCUCUCCGGCGGCGCUACGGCCCCCACCGCCGCCGUCGCCGUCCCCGUCGCCGGAAGUUCCGUUCAUCCCGACGAUGGCAGACAUCGUGGCGGCCUCCCGGCGGCAGAACAUGCGGCUGGAGCUUCAGACUGCGGGGCCCCUCUUCCGCGUGAUUGGGACGAGCACGGCGGAGGGAGGGACCGAGCUCGGCAGAGCGGAGGGGAUUCUCCGGCCAUGGACGGGCGGCCUGAUCCUCCACCUCGACUCGAUGAAGAUGUCUCCGGCGACGCUGCGGAUCGAGCGGUCCAUCUUCGGCCUCGGCCUCUUCAUCGGCGCCGCCGCCGUGCGGCACGGCUUCGACUCCGGCUGCCGCAGAGCGGAGCUCCUCGCCAUCAACGAUUCCGAUCUGUACCACUCCAAGGUAACGACCGAGUCAGGGUUUCUAUUUUGGGGAAGGUUCUGGAGGGAUUCUCACGGAAAGGGUGGACAGCUGGUCAGGUUCUACACAAGGAUGGGAUUCAGGGUGGUGCGAGAGGUGGAGGGGUCGUCUGCAAGCGAUUUGGCGGAUAUGUUGGUGUGGGGAGGAAGAGGGACGAGGAUGGAGGCCGCCAUUGAAGACCUCCUGCUCAAGUGGGGGAGCAAGUUCCGCCCUCCUUCUCCGAGUUGA